AUGUGACGUAUGUGGGGUGAUCCAUGUCCCUCACCCACCCUCCACCUCCCACCGCAUCUCUCCCAUCCCAACUCCGGCAUUCCACGCGCAAUGGCCCCGGACGCCAUUACAUCGCCAAAAUGCCGGGCAUAGUGCGCCGGAUGCUGGUCCUCGCCGCCAUCGACGGCCUGGUCCUCCAACCCAUCCCGCCGAGGAACCAGAAGCCCGCCACCGAGCCUGCCAUCACUGUCGGUUACCGGACGAAUGUGAUCCAGCCGCUACAGCAUGAGCGGCGCGAGGAGGCGAAGCUGUCGUCGUCGUUUGAAGCGCAUGGGGUGGUUGGCCUGCUCAAGUUCGCCAGCUCUUCCUUCCUCGUCCUGAUCUCCGCCCGCGACCAAGUCGCCCAAAUCCACGGAACCCCCAUCUUCACCCUCACCGACGUCGCCGUGAUCCCCCUCUCCUCCCAACACGACGCAGAAACAGCGAUCGCACACAUCCGCGCGACGCAGCAGCAUACAGGUACAGAUGAGGAUGGAGAAGAUACGGCGUCGGAGACGGAGACGAUUCUGAGCGAGGAGUCGAUGCCGACGCCGGAGCGGGAGGGGCUGCGGGAGGGGAAAGGGGGUGCGAGUGAGGUGGUGGAGGAUGUGUUUGGGCGGAGGGGGAUGUAUGGGCGGUUUGCGGAGCGGUGGUUUUCGAGGAGGUGGCGGGUGGAGCCGGAGGUUGCGCCGGAGACAAGGGACGAGAUGGAGUUGGAGGAGUUGAGGAAGAGGGAGGCGAGGGAUGAAGCUGGUGAGCGGGGCUUGGAGACACCGCUGGACGAGACGGCUGCGGAGGAGGUAAAUCGACCCGAGACUCCCGAGGCGGUGACGGGGGACGAAGACAUAGACGAGCCGUUGCUGCCAAAGGUUUUGAAGGUUGCGAAAUUGCUGUUCACGUCGAGGAGUUUCUACUUCUCGUAUGACUACGACUUGUCAAGAACGGUUACGGAGCAAGAUACAGAACCGGAUUCGGUGCCGUUAAGUCGAAGAUUCAAUUCAUUGUAUUUCUGGAACCGUCAUAUUACGGAUCCUUUUAUGGAAGCCGGACAGCAUAGCUUCGUCCUCCCUCUUCUACAAGGAUUCGUUGGGCAGCGCGAGUUCGAGGUGGAAGUAUCGCCGACCAGCAAGGAGGGGGCGAUUGUCAGUGCAUCCAAACCGGAAGGGGAAGAUGAAGGGACAAUAGAGAGCGCCGAAUCUCCAGGCGACCCCCAGCCAAGCCGUAAGCAGUAUCUCUUAACCUUAGUCUCCCGUCGAUCCGUCAAACGAUCCGGCCUGCGAUAUCUGCGCCGCGGCGUCGACGAGGACGGAAACACCGCAAACAGCGUCGAGACCGAGCAGAUCUUCUCCUCCUGCGACUGGGACGACCACGACACGAAGAUCCAUUCCUUCGUCCAGUGCCGCGGAAGCAUCCCGCUCUUCUUCUCGCAAACACCGUACAGCUUCAAGCCGAUCCCCGCCUUCUUCGGGUCGCCGGAGACGAACCGCGCGGCGUUCCGGCUGCAUUUCUCGUCGUUGAUUGAGCGGUACGGUAGGAUUCAGGCGGUUUCGUUGGUGGAUAAGAAGGCGACGGAGCGAAAGAUUGGGCAGGAGUUUGAAGAUUACGCGAACGAGGUCAUCGAUAGUGGAGUGCUAGGAGAGGGAAAGCUGGGUUUUCUAUGGUUUGACUUCCAUCAUGCCUGUCGAGGGAUGAAGUUCGAGAACGUCUCGGUCUUGCUCGACAGCAUUUCUCCGUUCCUGGAAUCCACAGCCUGGUCCAUCCAAGAAGGGGACCGCCUCAUACAACGACAGUCAGGCGUCCUCCGAACAAACUGCAUGGACUGCCUCGACCGCACGAACGUCGUGCAAUCCGCCUGUGGUCGAGAUGUCCUGGAAAAACAGCUCGCUACAUGUAAUGUCUUGAUCAACCUUCACACUGAUCCCAGCACAUCAUGGUUUAACACCCUUUGGGCCGACAACGGAGACGCCAUAUCUGCACAGUAUGCAGGCACCGCCGCUCUCAAGGGUGACUACACGCGAACAAGAAAGCGGAAUAUCAGCGGCGCUCUGAAUGACUUCCGGCUUACCUUGAAUCGGUAUUACAACAACAUCGUCAACGACUACCUCGCGCAGGCCGUCAUUGAUUACCUUCUCGGCCGCGCGUCCGCCCAGGUCUUCGUGGACUUCGAGGCCGAGAUGAUGUCCCAAGACUACGCGGUGGAUUUGAAAAAAAUGCGACAAGGCGCCAUCGACAACUGCCUCCAGAUCGCCGUCGAAGAUGCGCGGGAGGAGUUCAUCGCUGGCUACGCGCUGACGUCGCCACGGAGGCCAUCCACUCUCAAGUCGCUCCCGUUCGAAGAAUGCGUGCUGCUUUUGACGGGAAGCGCGCUGUACCUGUGUCGAUUCGACUGGAACACGGAGAAGCUGCGGGAAUUCGAGCGCGUCGAGCUGGAGGACGUCAUUGACAUCACCCGCGGAGUGUACAUCACGUCUACGUUGGCGCCCAAGCAUUUAGACGAGACAAAAAACAUCGGAAUCGUCAUCCGAUACGUCAGCAAAGGGCCACGAAUGGUGCGGACGAAUACCAGGAGCCUGGGAAACAAGCAGAAAGAAGGAGAGGUGACUCCUGAGGAAGGGGAGGACGAUACGGUUGUGCACCAGCCGACGUCUCAGGAGACCAAGUUCUGGGCACUGAAAGCCGGUCAGCCGGUCUCGACUUUGAAGAGCAUACAUAGCGACGCCACCGCGCUGAAUGAGCGGGAGAUUCUCGACCGCAUAUGUCAGGAUGUGAAGCAGGCGGUCGACUCUCAUCGCCAGCCCGCAUCCGAGACAGAAGCGGAGCCUGGAAAGGAAGCAUGGCGGAGGGAGCCGCUCACGGUGGAGGAGGACGACAUUAUCUCUGUUGCAGAGGCGAAGAAGAGCACGGGAUUGCUUGAACAGAUGACAUAUAACUUGAAGCGGCUGGUCUGGACCUAGGGAAGGUAUAUAGCGAGGUGUUGGUCCGGGUGCAGGGUGGGUAGAUAAUGUGUGUGCAGCACGAGCGGAAUAUGCGAAUUAAUACUUCUCUGAAAGGUCCAGAAGAAGGGUUUCAUAGAUACCAGCUAAUAGGUUCACCCGCCUUGAAUAUUAUGG